GCUGUUUUCUUAUAAAUAGGUGUCUAAGGGACUGCGAUCCAAUAACUACAAAUCCGUUUUGUUCAUUCAAUAGUUCGUGUGAUAUUAUGGGAGAACGCAAAGUCCUGAACAAGUAUUAUUCGCCGGAUUUUGAUCCAAAGAAGAUACCUCGUCUCCGGAAACCGAACAACCAGCAAAAGAAGAUUCGAUUUAUGCUUCCGGUUCGUGUUCGGUGCAACACAUGUGGUAAUUACAUGUCGGAAGGCACUAAAUUCAAUUGCCGUGAAGAACAAGUCAUGAACGAGAUGUACUUAGGGAUUAAAAUCCACAGGUUCUAUAUCAAGUGCACCAAGUGCUCGGCAGAGAUGACAAUCAAAACCGAUCCAAAGAACUCGGGUUAUGUUGUCGAAUCAGGUGCAAUUGGCCCUUAUAAUGGACACGAGGAGGAGGACGAGAAGCAUGAGGUAGCUGAAAACGCAUUGGAUUCGUUAGAGAAGAGAACUAAGGUAUCUAAAAGAGAGAUUGAAGUUAUGGCUGCGCUUGAUGAGAUGAAGUCUAUGAAGUCUAGAAGAGCUUCCGUGAGCGUAGACUCAAUGCUCGAGGCAUUGAAUAGAAGAAAAGAACAAGAAGAAGAGAACGUGGAGGAAAAAUUUCUUAUUAAGUCGAUAAAAUUUGGUAAGCGGUCUACGAUUGAUCAAGAGAAAAACGAUGAGGUUUUGGAUGAGAAAAAGAAGCCUAAGAAACGUGUCUGCGGUACAUCUACCGCUCAUAUCUCUUCGGUUCGCAUAGUCGCAAAGAAGACUGCAGAGCUACUACGGGAACUCGAAGCAUUGUGUCACAACUAUGGCACAAACAGCGACGAGGAGAAGUGAUUCGGUUUUGCUCUAGCUAUUUUAAUUAGAUUUUGCAUAGAUAUUUUGUUACUUUUAUUAAUAAAAGCCUUUUAAUAAAUUUUGGGGAAAUUGUUUUUUAGUCCAAAAUAACACUUACAUUGUCCCAACAGGCGAGCCUAAAACCGAUUUUGUAAAGUUUUUUCCUUUAGUGCAAUUUCUAUUUAUCAAAAUAAACCAAAUGAAUAGUUUUACAAUCCAAAUUUUUUUAGGAAAAAUAGGAACUAUUGGAAAAUACAUAUAUUAAUGUAGAGGUACUUUUUUUGUUUAUAAAUAUGUUUGAACAAAAAUUUCAUAGUAUUCUGCGGAAUACGGAAUUU